GCCAUAGUAUUCUUUGUCGUCAAUGUGAAAGUGCAACGAGAUGGCACCUCUGACGCGGGGACAGCUAUGCAGGCAGACUUCGCCGCCAACCUCAAGCCUGCGCCCCGCCUUGCGUGCCUGGCGCUGAUUUGCAACGUUGGCGCAAGCGAAGAAAUUCUAAUUCGGGCUCGGCACCUGAGCAAAAUGCAGCAUUAUGAAUUCCAGCGCCGGUAUCUGAUUUUUGAGUCGCGCAGCUUCACUUCCAUCUCAAUCAGCUGCUGAUGCACUGAUCCAAGAAAAAGUUAUUGAUGCAUGGCGGACUGUGGACUAUUCUCAAUCCUACAAAGCUAGCGUGAACAAAACUGCUGAUUGGGAUAUGGGAAUUGGCACUCGCCAGUUUCAUGGCCAUGGUGUAUCUUUCGACGAUGCCCAAACUGACGAUUUUCAGCUGGCGUACUAUUUUGCAGUGGAUCAGUGUGAAGCUGCUUACAUUGUAGUCUUUGAGUUAGAUCAGAUUCUGUAUUCUGACGAGGAUGUUUCUUGGGUGGAGGAUGCGAUUCAAGUCCUCCGCAUGAAUGAAGGCCUGAUCCUGGUGAGUCCAUCUUUUCCGGGUGUUUCAACACGGAAGAUCCGGCAGCGGCCCACUACCAGGCCAAUCCCAAAGAGCUACUCGGAUGGGCUGCAUGGCCCAGCGACGGAGGAUACGACCUGCCAGCACCCCUUCACAUUACCAGGCCGGGCGGCCUUGCUGGACAUUCAGCGCUACAAACAAUUGCCCUCCCGCAACCAAGUCAAGGAACACCGCUGUGGCGGCCAACUUGUGCGAGGCAAGCCAUGCAAGUCGCUGCCGUUCGUUAGAUCCUGUGGUGGCAUGAGGACUUGGGAAGCAGCGCUGGAGUGUGUGAUUUGCAAUGGUGAGGGCUGGCGUCAGGGCCACCUGCGGGACUGGCAGCGCGCCUGGUCCCAGCACGCCCCCCUCACCAGCGUGAGGCAUGAUCUGGCAAAAUUGAAGUCAGAUAUAGCUGCCAUUGAGCAGGGCAGGCCGCCCGCGGUGAUGGGCCCGGAGUACAAGGGGCUAGCAGAGUUAGAGAGAAUCGUGACUUAGAGUUG